AUGAAUCAGGUAAAUGAGAGCAUCCCACAGGAGUUCAUCCUCUUAGGUUUCUCAAAUCGACCAUGGCUGGAGUUUCCACUCUUUGUAGUCGUCUUCAUUUCUUACUUCACGACUAUCUUUGGGAAUCUGACAGUUAUUCUAGUGUCACGCCUGGACUCCAAACUCCAUACUCCCAUGUAUUUCUUUCUUACUAAUCUGUCACUCCUAGAUCUUUGCUACACCACAAGUACAGUUCCGCAAAUGCUGGUCAAUUUGUACAGCACCAGGAAGGUAAUUAGUUACGGUGGCUGUGUGGCUCAGCUUUUCAUGUUUCUGGCCCUGGGGACCACUGAGUGUGUUCUGUUGGCUGUCAUGUCCUUUGAUAGGUUUGUAGCUAUUUGUCAGCCUCUCCAUUACUCAGUGAUCAUACACCAAAGGCUCUGCCUGCAGUUGGCAGCUGCAUCCUGGAUUACUGGUUUUGGCAACUCAGUGUGCUUGUCUACCCUGACUCUCCAGCUGCCACUCUGUGGCCCUUACGUAGUAGAUCACUUUCUCUGUGAAGUCCCUGCUCUGCUCAAGUUGUCCUGUGUUGACACAACAGCAAAUGAGGCUGAACUAUUCUUUGGAAGUGUGCUAUUCCAUCUAAUACCCCUGAUACUCAUUCUUAUAUCAUAUGCUUUUAUCGUCCAAGCUGUAUUGAGAAUCCAAUCUGCUGAAGGUAGACAAAAAGCAUUUGGAACAUGUGGCUCCCAUCUAAUUGUGGUGUCACUUUUUUAUGGUACAGCUAUAUCCAUGUACCUGCAACCACCAUCCUCUGCCUCCAAGGACCGGGGAAAGAUGGUUUCCCUCUUCUAUGGAAUCAUUGCACCCAUGCUGAACCCCCUUAUAUACACACUUAGGAACAAAGAGGUAAAGGAGGCCUUUAAAAGGGUAGUUGUGAGAGUCUUCUUAGUGAAGAAAUAA